AGAGCAUCACACUCACCUGCCAGACUCCUAUCAUCACAGCUGAAGCCAAGAACUUUUGAAUUCCAUCAUGACCACCCUGCGUAGAGCCAAUGCUAGAUUCGCCGUUAACCUUUUCAAAAAUCAGAUCAUUGAGGACCCACACGACAACCUCGUGGUCUCCCCUGUGAACCUCACCGCAGGCCUGGGCCUACUCGCUUAUGCAUCUGGCUGGGAACAAGCAGCUCAGAUCGAGAAGGUCCUGCAUUGGGAUGAAGUGAAAGAGGGUGACAAGCCCAGAAGCAGGAGCCUGGGACAGUCAACAACCAGACUAAGAAGGACCCAAGGUGCUGGUGGUGCCAAACCGAGACCCCGUCCUGAACCCAAACCUUGUGACAAGAGACGAGUCAUUCACCGCCCAGCUCCUUGCCCUGAGCCCGAGCCCGAGCCACGUUGUCCUAGACGCGAUGUUCCCUGCUAUGAGUGUGAGAAGCCUGAAGGAAUCCAUACGGCAUUCAGCAAAAUCCUUGCGACUCUUAAUGAGCCCAGCGCCAACUAUACCCUGAGCUUUGCCAACAAGCUCUAUGGAAACAAGGACAUUGCCUUCAUCCAGGCAACCAGAGAGAUCUACUAUGGUAAUGAUUAUCUGCUCAAUGAAAGUCUCCACGUGCAAAAUUUAGUGUUCUGA